UCCAUCGAAAAUCGAUUAAUUCACUAUGGGUCAAGUCGCCAGAGUCGUAGGAAUGCUCCUUGUUACCUUGCAAUUAGUAGUGGUAGUUACUUUGCUACAAGUAUACAUAAAUCUUCAUGGCCAGAGCGCGGGCAAGAAAAGUCAAAAUUUACCGGCUUACCAAUAUGGAGUAAUGCUCCCUGUCUUCAUAAUCCGCCACCUGUAAGCAAAAUGGCACCUGCGAGCAAAAUGACUACGUUGACCUGUGUUUCAGCUUUUGUCACUGGUGUGGCAUCCUUGGUAUGUAUCUACAAAACAAUAAAACGAGAUAAAAGAAAACAAGAUGGACCCUCCCUGAUACGAAUUUAUGGUAGUAUUAAUGAAGAAAGAGACGUCAACAUUUGGACAUUAUUUCUUUUCGACAACAUCAUUACCGCUUACAUCAUCGCCACAUUUAUAGCCCUGAUUGCAGGAUUGGUCUUUGGUGGCGUAGGAAAACUGCGGGCAAUCUUUGGAAUAUUUCAUAAUAUUUUAGAAGUUUUCAUCGUAGCUGCUUUAUGCCAUAGGACAAAAGCCCAUUACGCUGCCGGCAUCUUGGUCACAUUGGUGUGUUCAGUGUUCGUCACAGGGACCAUUAGUCAGUUGCCCUGGUAUUGGGAUUCGAUGUUUUUCAAGUUCCAAGGCAAGUUUGACCCUGGAUUUUAUUCUACCGGUCCUCUUCAUCUUGUGGAUCAUGAAAAAACGAAUGAGAGAUCCCUAAAGAACCUAAGAUACUUGACCAUUGCCUCUUUGGUUCAUCUCAUUGGGAAUAUAUUUAAUGUAGUUGGCAACGAUUCCGGAUCAUCGUAUGACGAAUAUAUUCCAUUUGUCAUACUUUAUCAGCUUUCCGAUAUUCGCCAUUUACGUGCAUUACUCGGAGAAAUCCAGCAGCAACUACCAAAUUGCCAAUAUAACUGUUUUGGAUUUAUUUUCUUAUUAUUGUGGGGCGCUUCUGCAAGUGCAAUUACCAUCUUGAUUGGAAUAAACGAGCAUCUUCAAAUAAGGUAUACUGUAAAUACAUAUAAUCCACAAGAGGAAUCUUUGAAAUUGAAUCGGUUGGAUUUUGAGAAAGAGUAUACAAUUUUCGCUCGAGGACAAUGUUGUCCUAAAGCUGGUACUAAUGGAAUUUUUGAACUUGGACCUGUUGAUUUUACAGCUACUGAGACUAUUGAGUAUCGUUCCCAACCAUGUGCAAAGGCCAUGACAACUGGUACUGAUCCUCAAGGUAGUUAUCAUAACGACAACCUUAAUUUCGUUACUGAAGGUCAAUGUGUGAUGAGCAAUAAUGGUCUUCAAACUUCCGUAUGGCUUCCUUCUUUCCCAAGAGGGAUUUUUUCUUCCGAUAGGAAUUAUUUUUAA